AUGUCCUCCACCUUUAAAACCGUGCGCAACCCUCUGUUGGACGGCCAAGAUCAAGGGUUUCGAGAAUCCACCCUACCCUUCAGAAGUCUUUUCCAGCAAUCGCAUGCCAAACUCUCCAACCGCUUUCAACACCACGCAUCGAGAAAGGUUGUACCCACUUCUUCCAAAGAGAGAAAGAAGAAGGUGAGUGCCGUUGUGCAUCUAUCUCAGCAUAUUAAACAAGAUCAGCAGCAGAGCGAGCCGUAUGUUCACUACAAUGGUCCAUUCGAAACGCUCGAUCAACUGCCUAAAGAGAAACUGGAUUGGAUAACACAGGAAACCAGUAACAAUAAGGAACUGAGACACCCCUUAUUAGAUUAUCCUGGCUCCAUUGUGUUGCGAAAACCACAUCACAAACACUCCUCUUUGCUGGGUCAUCAUCACCAUCAUCAGUCCAACCUAAUGAAACCAAAAGCAACCUUUUACAUUCGAGUGUUGCAAGUGAUAAAUCAAAAUUCAUCCAAACCAUGCUUAUUGAGAUCAUCCAUGGAACUGAAUGAUCAGCUCUUUGAAGGAUCGUUUGCCGUAAGCCAAAAGUGUGCAUCUUAUACCAUUAAUAGAGACGUGGAGAAACCAUCAUCAGCGACGCUCUCCAUCUAUGCUCAACCCAAAACCACACUCGGUGCGUUUAAUUCCCGUUUUCGUCAGCCAGAAGUUUGCCUCGGCAGCCAAGUGUUCAAGAUCCCCAUGCGGCCUUGUGAGAAAAAGUUGAAAAGAAUUACCAUACAAGAUGCAGAAGGCAACAACCAGUAUCAAGUGCUCGUCGUGUAUGGUACAUUUGUCAGCUCUCGAGUCAUGACACUGCUUGAUAAUAAGCUCAUUUAUGAGGGAUUUAUCACUGUGUAUACCAGAGGAAAAUUAAUUCCUAGAUGGGCACGUUAUUGGGCCACAUUAUAUCCUGGUCAUAUUGAGCUAUAUGAUUUCGAAUAUAAAAAGAGAAGAAAGGCAUUAUACAAGAUAUCCAUCAAAGCACUGCUGGAUGUAUUUCACCCGCCUACCGAUGAUGAUGAAAGAUUGGUGGAUGUAGGAUCACUUGGGUUAGCUCUGCAAUUCUCUCAUGAAAGUCUGUCCAUGGAGAACAGCAUAAAUCCUGACUUUGAAUACCGCAUGUAUAUUUUACCAGAUGAUCAUGAACGCUCGCAAGAAUGGGAACAAGCAUUGAUGCAUGCUGCCUCUUUGAUCAAUGAGUUCAGAUACGAUGAAAGCUACAUUGCCACCAAAGUGAAUAGCGAAACUGAAUUCACACUGCAGACACCACUGGAUGAAGACUCAAGCACCAAGGUCAUAUCCUCUAAAUUUCUUUGGUAA